AUGGAGGCCAUUAUUGAGAAGACGCAGAAGGAGCUGGGGGCGGUGAUCCAGGCACCAAAGCUCACGGAAAAGCUGCUGAGCCGGCCACCAUUCCGGUACAUCCACGAUAUCGUCAUGUCCGUCAUGAGGGCGACUGGCUUUCCUGACGGCAUCUUCAACGCCGAUCAGCUGGACAGUAGCAAGGUAACCGAUAAGAAGGCAAAGGUGCAGUUUCUGGAGAAGCUGAUCGCUGCCGUCGAGGCUGCCACUGGCACCCCUAUCGCCGCACGCCCCAGCAAGAUCGUCGCCGGCGAAGAGGCCGAGAAGACAAACGAGUUAUUCCAGCAACUCGCCAAGUGCGCUACGCUUUCGCCGGCGCAAAGGGAGUCAGCACUGCAAAAGGUGAAGAGCGGUGACAAACAAAUUGCUGCUGCGCCGUCGCCUGCGCUUUCCGCUCCUGCUGCAGCCGAUGAUCGUGCGUCGUCGUCCAAUAAGGAGGUGACCCAAGCCAAAGCGGCGCUGCAGGGAUCCGAGGAUGAACAUAUGAAGCGGCGCGAGGAGGAGCGCCGGCGACGCCACGAAGAGAAGAGGCGGGAAGCAGAGAGAGCAAAGGAGAAGACAGUGACAGAGUCGUCGAGCCGUACCAAGGAGGAGAGCAGCCAGGCCGCCGCGACCACUGCCUCCAGCGAGAUGGAGCGACACCGUCACCGCGAGGAUAAGAAGCGCGAGUCGGUGGACGCCGUUGACACCGCGACAACGAGUGCGCGUAAGGCGCCGCCGCGUCCGAAGCCGACGCACGAGGUUAUCGAAGCGCAGAGAGCGGGGGCGGAUGCGGCGCCGGCGGUCAGUGUCAUUCGCGAAGGCAAGCGUGGCAAGGCAGAUGUGGAGAGUGAGGACGAUGAGAAAGCGGACUGGCAGAAGGUGGCGGAGCAGUAUGAGGUGAAACCGGCAGCCCGGACCGCUGCCGUGGGCGAGGACGCCGAAGUGAAGGGUCUGCUCGGGCAGCAGGCACUGAAGGCGAAGCGGGAUCAGGAGGCCGCUGCCCGCCGCGCUGAGGUGAGCAGUGACGGCGCCGCUCCUGCGGACGGCGGCAUCAUAAUCCGUAGUAACAAGAACACCGCCUCCCGCGGCAGCGGUAGUCAUGUACUCAGCGACGGCGACCUUAACCAGCUACGCGAGCAGCUGCAGCUUCUCACUAAGGCGUCAAACCCACUCGGCAAGUUCCUGGAGACCAUUCACGACGACAUUGAUAGUAUGACUCGCGAGCUGGAGAUGUGGCGCAGCGAGUCCCGUAGCCAAGCUCUGGCUGCCGCGGAGGCUCGCCGGCAGACGGAGGAGACCCUGCAGGAGAUCCACGCGAACUUGCAGAACUUAGAGGACGCCAUCAGCGACCAGAUGCUAAAAACAAACAACCUGCGGCAGACCAUUCUCGCCAAUGAUGCGGCUAUGGAAGCGAUGACGAAGACCAUCGUCAACCCGGACAUCGCAGCACAGUAG